AAUGGAGGAAGUUGCACGUCUCUGAAGCUUCCUUGAGAGAAGAUUGUAAUCUGCCUUGCAGAGAGAAAAGUUGCUCCCCUUUCUCCCUGCCUUCUUUAGAGCCGGGUGGGUGCCAGUGCAUGGCUCUGCUGGGGAUUGAAACACAAAUGAUGUAGGAGGCCUCCGCCCAGCUGUCCUGUGAGAAAGACCAUGGCGGUGGUGCUGGGGCUGCUGCUGGCCCUGCUGGGCUGCAGCACGGCGCUGGACCUUGCCCUGGAGGAGGCGUGGGAAGGCUGGAAGAGCCUCUACGCCAAGGAGUACAGCAGGGAGGCUGAGGCUGUCCGCAGGGAGGUUUGGGAGAAGAACCUGCGGCGCAUCGAGCAGCACAACCGCGAGGAGGCCCGGGGGCAGCACACCUUCCGCCUGGCCAUGAACCACUACGGGGACAUGACGGACGAGGAGUUCAACCAGCUCCUGAACGGCUUCACCCCAGCGCAGCAGGAGGAGCCCCCGCUGCUCUUCCAGGCAUCGCCAGCUCUGAAGACGCCGGCAGAGGUGGACUGGAGGGCUAAGGGCUACGUGACACCUGUGAAGAACCAGGGGCACUGCGGGUCGUGCUGGGCGUUCAGCGCCACGGGGGCCCUGGAGGGCCUCGUCUUCAACCGGACGGGGAAGCUGGUGGUGCUGAGCGAACAGAACCUCAUCGACUGCUCUCGGAAGCUGGGCAACAAUGGCUGCCACGGCGGCUACAUGACCCGCGCCUUCCAGUACGUGCGUGAGAACGGCGGCUUGAACUCGGAGCACAUCUACCCCUACCUGGCCACGGACACGUCCAGCUGCAGGUACAACCCCCAGGACAGGGCGGCCAACUGCUCCACCAUCUGGCUGGUGGCCGAGGGCAGCGAGGCGGCGCUGGAGCAGGCGGUGGCGACUGUGGGUCCUGUGUCUGUGGCGGUGGAUGCCAGUGGGUUCUUCUUUCACUUCUACAAGUCAGGUGUCUUCAGCAGCAUGUUUUGCAGCCACCAGGUGAACCACGGGAUGCUGGCCGUGGGCUAUGGCACCAGCCAGGAGGGCGGGAAGAACGUGAGCUACUGGAUCCUAAAGAACAGCUGGUCCGAGGCGUGGGGCGAGCAGGGCUACAUCCGCCUGCUGAAGGGCGCCGACAACCACUGCGGGGUGGCCAGCCAGGCCAGCUUUCCUCUGCUCUGAGCCUCCUGGGCUGGAGCACGGGGCAGAAGGCAGC